AUGCAAGAAACUGAUGAAAAUGAUCAAGUGUCCAGAGGCUUAAGUCAAGAAUACCCAGGUGAAUCCGAGACCACAACAAAUGAGCAGCUAGAAGAACACCAGUUCCAGCAGGAGCCGAUGAACCAAAUGGAUGAACGACAAAUGGAAAUGGAAAUGCAAUAUAGCCAGGCCGAAGCCGAAGCCCAAGCGGAAGCCCAAACCAGUUACCAUCAAACUCCACACGAUCAAUACAUGGCAAGUCGCCAACUUCACAUUGAACAACUCACUCAAAACGAGCGUCAAAUCCAAGAACAGUGGGUUCAUGCCCAGUUGUACCUAUGUGGAGGUUGCGUCGCAGGUUUUGCCUGGUAUCAGAAUGGGGCCGGGUAUCGAUGUAUGGGCGAUAACCAUUAUGUUACUGAUGCACUGCUAGCGGAAGGAAUGGGUGGUUGGUAUACAAGAGAGAUCGACGCUUAUACCCCGAGAGAAGUGUGGGCAGGGCCAUUCUACGCUCUUGAACAGCAAGAUCAAGGGAUAUACGAGCUGGAUAAGCCACAGCUUGUUAAGCAAAAUAGACGAUCAAAGCGGACCAGUUGGUUCCCAAGGAGGCCUAG